UUUGGGCCUACGGACGCCAUCUCGCAGAUUUGUUUAUCAUCACCUUUGCGGCGGUUCAGAGAAGGCUGCGCGUCCUAAUCAUCCUCAUCAUUUGCAUCAACCAAAGCUACUAAACAAUAAUGAAAGCCAUACAAAAGUAUAAAAUAAACACACACAGAUAAAUACGGCGGCUUUUUCCGAGGGUUUGGAGGACCCAAGACGGAAGACAUGCUGCUGAUUCCGCCCUUACCCUUUCUGCCUUCUUUCAUCCUUUUUUAAAGGUAUGGAGUUUGUUGAUGAGUGGAGAGUAUCAUGUUGCAGUGCCUAGAAGGACUUAAGCCUUUCUUUGCUGUUCUGUUAAAGUGCUGUGAUCUUGACCUGUAUAAGCAAUCAAAGGGCCUUGAAGACCCUGAACUUUUGGCCAGGGAAACAGUUUUUAGUGUAAGUGAAAUUGAAGCACUAUAUGAGCUCUUUAAAAAGAUCAGCAGUGCUGUGAUUGAUGACGGGUUGAUCAACAAGGAAGAGUUUCAAUUGGCUCUGUUCAAAACUAACAAAAAGGAGAGUUUGUUUGCUGAUCGGGUAUUUGACUUGUUUGAUACAAGACACAAUGAAAUCCUGGGAUUUGAAGAGUUUGCACGUGCUCUUUCUGUAUUUCAUCCUAAUGCUCCAAUUGAUGAUAAGAUAGAGUUUUCUUUCCAACUGUACGAUCUCAAGCAGCAAGGAUUUAUUGAAAGACAAGAGGUCAAGCAAAUGGUAGUCGCUACGCUUGCUGAAUCGGGCAUGAAUCUUUCUGAUGAAGUCAUAGAAAGUAUUAUUGACAAGACAUUUGAGGAAGCUGAUUCAAAACAUGAUGGAAAAAUUGACAAGGAAGAGUGGCGUAGCCUUGUCUUGAGACAUCCUUCUUUGCUAAAGAAUAUGACCCUCCAAUAUCUCAAGGACAUCACCACCACCUUCCCAAGUUUUGUGUUCCAUUCUCAAGUUGAUGACACCUGAGUUUGCAGUGACAUUCGUGAUGGUUUGUUAGUCUCUAUUUGGACUAUAGGAGCAUCAUAAUUUGACCAUGCCCAGGAGAAUAGUGUUAGAAACAAUUGGUUGUCAAGAAAAAUAUUGACUUUAUUUCUUUUUCCUUUCUUUUGGGAAAUGUUACUUCAAUAUCCUUGUAGUAUGAUUUAUAAUUGUUUUUAUUUAUGAAGGGCUUGUAUUAUGCACAAAAGUUGCAUUACUUUAGUGAAUUGUAUUCUUAGCAAACUAACAUCCCUAUCUGUUCUGGGGGCACUUUUUUUUUCUUCAAAAAAGAAAAAUAUAAACAGGUAGGCUCCUUUGAUAGCUACUGAGCCUCCCUGUUUAGUGCAGUGGUUUCAGAA